AAAUAAUCCACACGUUGAUGCUACGUGAACAAUCACGUAACCCCAAUUUUCUCCUCGGUAGGCCCGUUUUACGUGACACACGUAAAAAUAAUGUGAAAGUGAUCUGGGAAAAAAAUGUGUUCACGUUGAAGUUACGUGAAAAACCAUAUGGUAUUUUUCCACUAGGUUUUUUCAUGUAGCUUUCACGUGUUUUAAAAUGCAACUUAAACGAGACUCGAGUGCGCCAUAUCGGUCAUAUUUCUACGUGAUUAUUUUAGUAUGAAAAUUGAUGGCGAUCGGUAGAGGUCUGCUGCCGGACUUAUGCUGGCAAAAUUUCAUCGAAAAUGGAAAGGACGAUCGCUGGGCGCCGUCAACACGGUCGAUUGGCAUUUCCUGGAUCCCCAACUGGCCAUCCUGGGUCAUCUCUAACAAUCCCCGGUUGGCACAAAUCAUGAGCCCGGGCAGUUCAAUUCGGUUGCACGAAGAAUCUUGCCCUGAUGGUGUCAACGUUAACGACCUUGAAACGGGUUCCCGUGUGCAUGCAGAUGGCCAAGUGCGAAUCCACCGAGUAGGAGUAGUAGUUUACGUGGUGCACAAAGCACUGGCCAUCGGUGGCGAUUCUGCGCGUGGCCAACGGUCUUAACUACUCGGAUCCUUGGGGCGAAGAUCGCGGUCAAAUGUCAAGCACAGCCUCAAGGCAGGAGGAAAAGUCUCAUCCGACGACGUCUCAUCGGUGUUUCCUGCAAAUGGCAUUUUUUACAAUUUAGUUUCUAAUGGUGAGAUCUUUCCAAUGUUUGUAUAUUUUAAUAAAUAAAACAAGUUUAUGCUAAUUUAACUGACUUCAUUCUAAUUUCUAUUCGAAAAAAAUAAAAUAAAGUGAGGCAAACAGCAAAAUCUACUACUACAAAGUUCUGAUAACAUUUACUAAAACAAACAUGUUGAUAUCAUCGAUUGAUUCAUUUAGCUUUUACGUGUGAAACACGUAGAAUUAAUGUGAAAUGAUCUGGCCAAGCAUAUUCCGUUUCUACUAGAGUCACCUCGUAGAAGUUACGUGAAAACUCUAGUGGAAAAUUACCACAUAGCUUUUCACGUAACUUCAACGUGAAUAUU